UCAAGAAGUGUUGCAUCAGCCAUACCGGUUGGAUGUGCGUAGUUACGCUUAGAUAUUUUUGGACAAUUCUCGGUGUUUUUACACCGACUUUUUCGGUUUAUCAUUAAUUUUAACGAACGUACAACUCCGUGGCUUGUACCCAAACCACGGUUUAGGACCUGUGUCACGAUUUUUAAAGACUUAGAAUGGCGUAUGGACUAGCUUGAAACGGUCCUUUGAGCCAUAUAUGCACCAAACCAAAUAUAGAAAUUAGCAAGUGAAAACUGGUGUAAACACGCAACGGAGCAACGAUCAAGAAAGAAACAGGAGAUUCAAAGGAAAACUGAGCUGAACUGAUGCACAGAUCUCUCGAAAUGGCCAGCACAAAGUGUUACUUCGUAUUUGUGAUAAUUUUGCUGCUACUUGAAAGAGGAUAUAGCAUCGAGUGCUAUCAAUGUAACAGCACCAGCAGCGAGUUUCCUUUCCAGUGUAAUGAAUUUUUAACAAGUGAUGUGGAUCUUGAGCCAAGAUCAUGCAAGGAUGUUUAUGGAGCUCAAUAUUGUGUCAAACAUAUAGGCCGUUUCGAGGGUGGCAUUGGUACAAAGCGGUUUUGCUCAUCUGCGCACAUGGGAAACUACUGCGAUUAUGUAAAACAACCAGGUGAUAAGCUAAUGUACCGCACGUGUGUAUUCACAUGCUCCAGCGAUGGAUGCAAUCCAGCAACAUAUCUCCAGCCAAAUUUUUUAUACACCUUACUCAUUCCAGUAAGUUUAUUGAUAAUCUGGAGUAGACAAUUUUGCAGGUAGAAUACUUUAUUCAAUAUGUCAGGGAAUGUAUUGAAUAAUUCAUUGUAUAAUUGUAACCUAACUGUAUAAUUCAUUGUUCUUGAAUUUUACAUGUGCUUUUGUUACUCAAAUUCCGUCCAAGAGAAUGACAAAUCAAAUUUUAAUCAUUUAGAUAUUGAUCUGUAGAAAAGAUCAAAGCUGACGUAAGAUACGUAAUUCUAGAAUUAAUUACUGACACAGACCACAUAGUUUCUCUCUCAAUUUAGAUACCUUAAAAAAAUGUGUAAAAUUGAUUUUUUACAUAUAAAUACUAUUUCAUUAUAAUACUCUUAUUAAGAAUCUUGGAUAGUUUCACACAUUUUUUACAAUAUCUUUAAAUCUAUUUGACAGACGCGCGUACUGUGUUUAAUAAUAAUCUACUUGUAGAUUAUUGAACAAAGAUGUAUUUUCUUUAUGUAAUGUAUAAUAUAUCAAAUAGUUAAAUCUUAAUAACAUAUAUUGGAUUGACAUAUGAAAAAAAUCAUUACAUAAAUUGAAAUGUGAUACCUAUCAUGAGGGAUUUUAUAAAUUUUAUUUACUCAAACGAAGCAAGUUUACAAUCUUAAUUGUAAAUCUAACGAAGAGAAAAAAAACAAAUUUUUCAAUUAAUAAUGAUUCGAACAUUCAAUUAGAUCUCGUAUUAAAUAUACCUUCACAAGUAUAUUAAAACUAAUAGCAAUAAUUAUACAAUCAGCUGAUGAGGAAAGACUAGAAACAGUAUCACUUGAAUGCUCUACUGAUAAAUUUUAUGAUUUACUUUGUUUUUUAAACAUACACACAACACAAAUCUUACUCUCUUAAUCACACACUAGAAAUUUCUUAUAAUUUAUCAAGUGUAUAGCAUUUAGAUAAAUUAUAUUAUAAAUAAUCAAUCAUUAAUAUUAUAAAUU